AUGGAAGACAACACUGUAGAUGAAAGUGUCCUUGAUUAAAUUGACAUUACUAAAAUUUAAAAUAUAGAUAGUCUUGUAAAGGAUAACGAUAAAAAAUACGCUUUGUUAACUAAAAUGAAAAGUGAAAAAAAAAUUAAAAAUAACAAUGAAUAAGAAAAAUAAAAUCCACUCGAUGGUGUUAAUUUAUCUUAAAAUGUACUUUAAAGUGUAAAUGAAGAAAAUUUUUAGAAUGUAUAUGAAAUUUUAUAAAAAGAAAAGGAUUUUGAAGAAAGUGAGAAUAUUUAAUUUGUUAAUAAAAAAUUGAAAAAAAUAUAAAUAUUAGAUGAAAAAACUUUAGAAAAAAUUGAUAUUACAUAAAUUAAAAGCUUAGAUGAUUUAGUUAGUAAAAACGAUGAAGAUAUUGCUAAUUUUGUCAAAAAAAUAUCUUCUUUAAAAAAAAAAGAUGAAGAAAAUGAACCAAAAUCUAAAACACAAAAAGAAGAAUUAUUAACUAAUGAUGCUUAUAUAGGUGUUCCGUUUGAACCUAAAGUACCUGAUACUAUUAAUACUUAAUCAACUACUCCAUAUACUUUCCCAACUAAUAAUUAUUAAGAAGAUUUACCUUUUGUACCUGGAAUAAUAACAAAAUAAGAAGUAAAUGCAAGUAAGACUAUGCCACCAAUGCCUCCGAUGCCAAAAGAUAAUAUUAUUAAAGAUUUUGAUAUUUAAAAGAAUGCAGAUUAUGCAGUUGAAAGUGAAAUUGAAUCGGAUGUCGAAACAGAUUAAAUAAUAGAUAAUAAUUAAACUGUAAAAGCACCUAAAGAACCAUCUAUAAAAGUUGAAAUAAUAGAUGAUGAUCCUAAAAAUAUGGAGUAAAAUAUUCCUAAAUUUCCUGAUGAAUUUGGAUAUCUACCAAUAGAAGAUGAUUAACUUUCUGUUUUAAAUCCUAGAGAUGGAAUUAUUGAUGAAAAUGGAGAAAUAUAUUUCCCUCCUUAAUAAAAUGCUGAAAAACCUAAAGAAGAAGAAAUUAUUGUUGUGAAUAAUGAUAAUACUGAAGGACCAAAAAUCGAAGGUUAAUAUGAUAAAUAGCCAAUACAAAAUGAAAUAUUAGAAAAGAAAGAUAAUGAUAAAAUUACAAGCUAAAUUAUUGAUGAUUCAGUAAAACCUUUUUAAGGAAAAAAUAAUGAAUAAGAAAAAAUAGACUAAUUAAUAGAUGAAAAGGAUUAAUUAGAUGAAAAUGAAAUAAAUAAACAAUAAUCAUAAGAAUUACCAAAACUAGAAAGCGAUGAUCAAAUAGAAAUUUCAUUAAAUUCAAAUGAUUUAGCUGCUCACGCAGAAAAUGCCGAAGAUAGGACUAAAUAAGUUGACUUUAACACACCAUCAAAUCAAGUACCUGAACCAUCUGAAAAAAACAAAACACGUACACCAACCCCUUAUCCCAGAACAUUGAUUACACUUUCUUUGGAUGAAGAUGAAGUUCCUAAACCUUUAACUAGCAAAUAACCAGUAAGUAGUUAAUAAAUCACAAGUGAAGAAAUAAUGAAAACGCUUACACCAACCUCUUAACCCACACCCGUAACCUCUGUUCUACCUACUUUAGAGGCUUUUAGACCUUUAACUAAUAGAUAACCAAUUAGUACGCCAAUAGUUUAAUC